AUGGUCCUAGGUCUCCUGGCUGGAGGUCCCUCCUCAUCGCUGUCCUCCCAAGCCCUGCGCCUCCUGACUCCAGAGGUUGACGGAGCCACAGGGUAUCCUCGGACAGUGCUGUCACAAGGACCAGAGUUAGAAUCCUCAUCAGUGGGGAACUGAGAGCCCUCCCACUCAUCAGGAUCCCGAGGGUGAAAAAGAGGAGAAGGAGGGUAAAGAACAGGAGAAGCAGGAGGAGAAGGAGAAGGAGAGGGAAGAGAAGGAGAAGGAGGAACACAGGGAGGAGAAGGAGAAGUAGAGAAAAGGGAAGGAGAAGGAGGAACAAAGGAAAGAGAAGGAGAAGUAGAGAAAAGGGAAGGAGAAGGAGGAACAAAGGAAAGAGAAGGAGAAAGAGAGGGAAGGGAAGGAGAAGGAGGAACAAAGGAAAGAGAAGGAGAGGGAAGAGGAGGAGAAGGAGGAACAAAGGAAAGAGAAGGAGGAACAAAGGAAAAAGAAGGAGAAAGAGAGGGAAGGGAAGGAGAAGGAGGAACAAAGGAAAGAGAAGGAGGAACAAAGGAAAAAGAAGGAGAAAGAGAGGGAAGGGAAGGAGAAGGAGGAACAAAGGAAAGAGAAGGAGAGGGAAGAGGAGGAGAAGGAGGAACAAAGAAAAGAGAGUGACAAGAAGGGAAAAGGGAAGGAGAAGGAGGAACAAAGGGAGGAGAAGGAGCAACAGGAGGGGCAGGAGCAGCAGGACCUGGAGGAUGAAGGUAAGGGAAAUAAGAAGGAGCAGGAGCAACAGGAGGGGCAGGAGCAGCAGGACCUGGAGGAUGAAGGUAAGGGAAAUAAGAAGGAGCAGGAGCAACAGGAGGGGCAGGAGCAGCAGGACCUGGAGGAUGAAGGUAAGGGAAAUAAGGAGGAGCAGGAGCAACAGGAGGGGCAGGAGCAGCAGGACCUGGAGGAUGAAGGUAAGGGAAAUAAGGAGGAGCAGGAGCAACAGGAGGGGCAGGAGCAGCAGGACCUGGAGGAUGAAGGUAAGGGAAAUAAGGAGGAGCAGGAGCAACAGGAGGGGCAGGAGCAGCAGGACCUGGAGGAUGAAGGUAAGGGAAAUAAGGAGGAGCAGGAGCAACAGGAGGGGCAGGAGCAGCAGGACCUGGAGGAUGAAGGUAAGGGAAAUAAGGAGGAGCAGGAGCAACAGGAGGGGCAGGAGCAGCAGGACCUGGAGGAUGAAGGUAAGGGAAAUAAGAAGGAGCAGGAGCAACAGGAGGGGCAGGAGCAGCAGGACCUGGAGGAUGAAGGUAAGGGAAAUAAGGAGGAGCAGGAGCAACAGGAGGGGCAGGAGCAGCAGGACCUGGAGGAUGAAGGUAAGGGAAAUAAGGAGGAGCAGGAGCAACAGGAGGGGCAGGAGCAGCAGGACCUGGAGGAUGAAGGUAAGGGAAAUAAGGAGGAGCAGGAGCAACAGGAGGGGCAGGAGCAGCAGGACCUGGAGGGGGAGGGUCAGCAAGGAUAG